AUGCAAGAACUCCAUCCUAUCAUUGUUGGCCGAUCGCGCGAAGUUAUUGCUUUGCUGUCUCCAAGGAGACCAUGUGUAAAGCGCGUGCGUGGUUCCAACAAUGUUGGAAGAGCUGUGCAAACGGAUCCAACAUUGUUGCCCUACACUUCAGCGAUCACGGAACAAAGGAAAUCUCGGGACAACACCAAUUAACUGCACUGAAUCAACACGUAUCAACUCCGCGGUAUGGCUAGGCUGUGAGCAAGCUCUCCUAUUUGGGCGAGUGAAACGAGUCUCGCGAGAACGCGCGAGGGGCAGAGGAAAGCACGUUCUCGCGAGGCUCGCUUCGCUUGCCGAAAUAAGAGAGCUUGCUCGCAGGCUAUGGUAUGGCCAGUACCUUAAGCAUGCGCACAACCAAUAUCACCCGGGGAUUGGCAGCCAUGAACAGCUGUUUCGCCCUUAGCUCCAACAAGGGCGAAACAGCUGUCCAUGGCUGCCACCGUCUGGGUGAUAUGGUUGUGCGCAUGUGUAAGGUACUGGCCAUACCUUGGUACGUGUACUUCAGUGUAGUUAAUUGGUAUUGUUUGAAAUGUCGGGAGUCAUUGGCUCAAAAGUUUGACCGGUUUCAAACUUUGCGCAAGAAUUCCCAACAACAAGCAACAACAUGCAACUGAACCAGGGUGUGCAAAUGAACGCAACAUGUAACAUACAACAAUGUUGGGAGUUGUUGGCCAACAAUUUUGUGUCCGUUUGCCCGGGGCUUUAGAGUUUCUUGCAACAUCUCGCGUUGGUGAUCACGCCAGCAUUCUCCGGAUAUGGGAAUCAGGAGCAGGGACAAGAGCGACUCGCCUUUGCAAAUGCGCUUCGCGAGUCAGGUUGUCUGUUGACUGCAUCACUCACUUCCGCUGUAAAAGAUAGACUGCUGGCGAGCUUGUAG